UUCACUCCGCCCAUGGCGAGCAGGAACAAUGCCGCCGCUGGUGGCGGCGGCACGGCAUCUCCGAUUCUCGGCGGCGCUGCUGGCGGCGGCGGCGUGAGCAGGCGCGCAGGCGCGCUGUGGCGGCUGCUGGUGGCGAUUGCGAUCCUCCUCGUGGUCGGCGAGACUGUGAUGCUCCUCCGCGUCGAUCUGCUGGGGAAUGCGAGGAGCGCGCUGCGCUUCACGGAGAGGAGGAUUUCCGGCUCCAGGGAUCGCUGCGAGGAUUGGCUCGAGGAUCAGGACCGGGUGAGUACUUUGCGCGAUUUCGACAAGGAUCCAGUGCGCGUCGAUUUCUCCGAGACACAGGGGACCGACAAUUGCGCGGUGAGAUGCCAAUUUGGGGUGAUCACCAUGGCCACGAGGAAGCGCGUGGAUGCGGUCUUUGGUCUCAGUGCCGACGAGGGGGUUGCUCGUGUUGCACGGACGAUGGAGUCUAGUCAAUACUACUCCGAGUUUGAGCUAAACACUGCUCGAAGUCACGGGUACACAGUCAUUAUGACGACGAGUCUGAAAUCAGAUGUUCCAGUCGGGUAUUUUUCGUGGGCAGAGUACGAUCUGAUGGCUCCAGUCCAAGAGAAGACGGAGAAAUCCUUGGCUGCCGCUUUCAUCUCCAAUUGUGGCGGCCAUAACUUUCGGCUGGAAGCGAUCACCAAACUCCAAGGCUAUGGGGUUGCUGUGGAUUCUUAUGGAUCGUGUCUGACAAACGUCCAUCGUUCGGUGGAAAAAGUGGAUGCAUUGCGCCACUACAAGUUUAGCUUGGCGUUUGAAAACUCCAACGAGGAAGAUUAUGUGACUGAGAAGUUCUGGCAAUCGCUCGAAGCUGGCUCCGUUCCGGUCGUUAUUGGUGCACCAAACAUUCAAAACUUUGCGCCUUCGCCAAACUCCAUACUCUAUCUUAAGUCGAUAAAGGACGUGCAAGCAGUGGCCAAGCAAAUGAAGUAUCUUGCAAGAAAUGCUACAGCGUACAAUGAAACUCUCCGCUGGAAGUUUGAGGGACCAACGGAUUCAUUCAAAGCAUUGAUUGACAUGGCUGCUGUUCACUCUUCAUGCCGUCUCUGCAUUCAUGUAGCCACAGCUAUCCACCAGAAGCAGGAACAAGAAGCGUUUCGUAGUCGCAAUGCGUCCCGACCUUGUAAAUGCAGCGUCGGCUCCACGACGACGUUCCAUCUUUAUGUCCGAGAGAGAGGAAGAUUUCACCUGGAAUCCAUCUUUUUAAGGUCUGACAACCUCUCGGUGGCUGCUCUCGAGGCAGCUAUCAUAUCCAAGUUCAGCUCCAAAAACCACGUCCCAAUCUGGAAUGCUGCGCGUCCGGAGAUGCUCAAGGCAAAAGGCCCGCUCAAAGUCCACAGAGUUUAUCCAGUCGGGCUCACGCAAAGGGAAGCGCUAUUCUCCUGGCAGUUCACAGACGAAGACCUCGUGAAUCACAUCGACGCGAAUCCCUGCGCCAAACUGGAGGUGAUCUUCGUGUAGAAGAUCCCAAAAGCGACGAAGCAACGUUGCGGCUCCGGUUUUUCUUCGUCAUCUAACAGGUAGAAGCAGCAGUUAACUUUUUUGGACACCCGUCACCGUGACAGGUCGAGGAUUCCCGUUUACUUUUUUUUGGUAGCAGCGAGGGAAGAGCUCUCUCUCGCGGCGUGGACGAAAGGCGAAAAAGAGAAAAAGAAGCUUGAUUGAUCCGGUCGGAGGGAAGUUCUUGGUGCGCCGCUCACUCAAAUCAAUCGCGCAAAGAGGCUUUUGCGAGGGAUUAAUGAAAGAAAAUGGGACUUUGACGAGUAGUGGUGCCACCAUCUUUUCGGGGGCAGUAGUAACAAAAUCAAAGGAAAACAGCACAAAGCAAAGCACUGAUGGAUCGAAGGAUCACCACAUGGAACUUUAUAACCGACUCUCAACAAUGAUAUAUUCCACAAGCCA